UGAUAAGAUGUUGCAUAUCUCAUGAAACUACUGCAGAUCCACACUGAAACAGGAAAUGGCUGAAGGAACAAACCCAACUGCGAUCUCUUGUGUGAGAGCUCUCACAGCUUUUGUUGAAAAUGGAAAAGCUCUGCUGGACCUCGCCGAGAAGGAGAGCAAAGAAGUCUGUCUGUUAAGAGGAAAAGGGAUGCAGAGGAUCUAUGGAGAAAAAACAAUCACCGAUGUAACACAGGUGCAGUGGGAUUCCUUUCUACAGCGUUUGGAUGAUGAGUUACAACUUAGCGCUAAAAUACUGGCUGGGGACCAUCAGUCAAAAUGUGUUUCACCUGACACAGCUCUCAUCGAUGCCAAAACAGGAGAGACAGUGACAAUGGAGAAAUAUCUUGGGAAAGGUAAAAAGAUCCUGCUGGUGUUAAUCCGUCAGUUCUCCUGUCUGCUCUGCCGUCUCCAUCUUAAAGAUCUGGAGAAGAAUCAGAGAACCCUGGAUGAACACUCUGUGGAAGUGGUGGUUGUUUCAUUCGGUUGUCAGGAGGGAGCUUCACACUGGCUACAGGAGACAGGCUGUCGCUACGACAUGCUGCUGGACCCUGAUAGAAAGAUAUACACCACAUUCGGCCUGGAGGCGUCUCUGACGAAGGUUUUGAACUUCAGUAACAUGCUGCUCUAUGCUGAGUAUGUGAUGGACAAUAUGGAAUUUCCAAGAGAACUUCCAUCGAUACAAGACGACAUGUUUCAGCUGGGAGGCGACUUUGUUUUGGACGAACAUGGGAGGGUGCUGUUCUCUCACUGCUGCCAGAGCCCAAUAGACCGACCCUCGGUGGAGGACAUUUUAUCUGCACAAUGAAGAUUAAACUCCUUCAUGCACAACACAGAUUAAUUAAAGGGAAACAGGAACAGGAGAUGUCAGCUGAUAAAGUUCUCGUACCAAGUUCAGAAUAAGAGUGAUUGCUAAGGAGAGUUGCAAAAUGAUUUAGCAACAAAAUGAA